AUGUCUAACAUUGUUUCAAGAUUUAUGAACUUUAAAUGGAGUUACUGUUGUUACAUAUCGAGAAGCAGUGCUUCUACAUGGUUUAUUGAGCGAGAUAAUAAUUGUGAAGAAUGUUUAUCUGAAGCUAUUAUUUAUGAAAUGUCUAUUUCUUUAAGACGUCUAUUUGCUACACUUCUUAGCCUCUGCAACUCUAAUGAUCCAAAAUUAUUGUGGAAUACAUUCAAAUCUUAUAUGAUUGAUGAUUACAUACAUGAAAAUAUUUCUUUACAUGAUGCUGAACUUCGGGCUUUAAACGAUAUUAGUUGUAUCUUAGAAUCUUUAAAUAAAAAUAUAAACGACUACGAAAUAGUAUCAUUCAAUGUAGAUAUGAACGAAAAUGAUAAAUUAAGGAGAAUGGUUGAAGAUGAGACAACAAAUCUGGAUAUUGAAGAAAGCUAUGUUUGUGCAGCAAGUUUAAAUAGCAAACAACAAAUUGCAUAUGAUAUGAUUAUGGAAAAAAUAACAUCGGGAUCAAGUGGUGCUUUCUUCAUCGAUGGUUCAGGCGGCACAGGUAAAAUAUUUUUAUAUAAAGCAUUGCUAAGUGUUGUAAGGUCUCAAAAUGCAAUUCCUUUGGCAACUGCGUCUUCUGGAGUAGCUGCAUCUCUUCUACCUCGAAGUAGAACUGCUCAUUCAAGGUUUAAAAUUCCUUUGAAAACAAUAGGUGAAAUAAGUUGCUCUAUUAGUAAACAACCUGCUUUAGGAAUAUUGUUGAAAAUGUGCAAGUUAAUAAUUUGGGAUGAAGCUCCUAUGGUAAAUCAGUGUGCUGUUGAGACUGUGGAUAAAAUGCUAAAAGAUAUUAACAAUUGUAAUUUACCUUUUGGUGGUAAAGUUAUGCUCAUCCAAUUCAUUAAGUUGCAGCAGUUGUUUUUCACCAAUAGCCUUGAGAUCCAUAUUCAAUUGUUUCAUAGCCCAAUAUGCUCGGUGCUCCAACUCCAACGUACAUCGUCCAACUUCUUAGACCAAUCUUUUUGGGAAGAGUUCACUGUAACUUCCAGUAUUAUCUUUAAUUGCCUGUUCGAAACUUCAACUUGCCCAUUGGCCAAUAGAAACCCGACUGUAGGAUUUUUGCAGCAGUCUUUGAAGCUCCAAAAUGCCCAGCAUAUGCAGAUGAGUGACAAUGCUCUAGAAUUUUCG